AUGCAGCAACCCACAGAGCAUGGUCAAGCAGCUCCUAGCGCUACUCUGAUCGAAGCUGGUACUCGUCCAGGUGUUGAGGUACCUCAAGGCACCAAUAAAGUACCUCAAGUUACCGAGUCGGUGUCUUCGGUUACAAAUACAGUCACCCAAACAAUUGAAGACGUUGUGCGCACGCAAAGAGCUCACGUAAAGAGGGCGCAUGAAACCAGCGGGUCGUCCGAAUCUUCGGAGUCUUUCCGUAUAACCAAGAGCGCAUCGUCUCGAGGUCGUCCAAAGGUCCGCCAGAAACAGAAGCAUGCUCAGAAAAAGCAGCGGAUGAAGGAAGAACGCGCUAAGGCUAACAAGCUUGUUCAAGGAAAGCUAGCACCGGUUCAAAGCGUACACCGUAUGUUGGCCCAAUUUGAUGUUGCCGACAGCUACGAAGAUGCUCAGCGCGGCCUGGCAGUCAUAUCAGAGUGCACAAUACCCAAGUCCAAGAAGGCAAUCGCUGGCAACUUUGCAGACGAUGAGUGUGAAGUGAAUAUUCGCUACGUGUUCCCGGAGGAGUUCGUGAUGAAAGCCCAGUCGGCGAUUCGGACGUUUGGUAACGCUCUCAGGGAUGGGAUCUCUAGCGAUGGGAUCGGCGUCAGAGUGCCUCGAUUUGGUGUUUAUUCUCAGCAGGAUAUUAACGCAAUGAAUAGGUGGCACACAGCAAUGAGUUACGUGACUGAAACUACAAACGCUAUCAAGUGGGCGCUCCACACAAGUAUCAAGCGCGUUGAAGUACCACCCGAACUUGAAGACGGCGUCAGUGAAGUUCCUGAAAAUCGAGAGGCGGCGUUCAAACGGAUUCCACUGCGCGGAGAACGUUCAACAUCGUUAGGAAGUCUAUUGUACCGCGCACUACGGUCAUUUUGCGAGAACAAUUGGAUGGAUGAUGCUGCAAUGUGCCACGGGCUUGUACUACUUCAACGUGAAAAUGCUGGCGUUGGAGUUGUGGACCCCAUUUUUCAGCAGUUACCCGAUGAGCAAGUUAAGGUGGCCCCGCAAGCUAACCCUUUCCAAGAGGGGAACGACGUCAUCCUGAUACCAAUGCACGUGGAUGGAAAUCACUGGUGUGGCAUCGUAAUCGAUUUUCGGGCAGAAAGCAGAGAAAUUACGAUUUGCGUUCCCUUAUGA